AUGAAGAUUUGUGAGAACUUGUGUAGGUUUUGUUUAUUGAGAAAGGAUUUUAUAUCAAAGUUUGACCAGGUUCCUACAUUGAACUACUACUGCUAUUUAUAUUGUUUUGGAUUGAGAAAAUUAUAUGACUGGGGUCAGUUUAAAACAAAAAUUUCUGCUCUUGAUAUUGGUUGGCAAAGAGCAUCCACAGCAAUUUCUGAAGCAAGAAUUCUGUUCAAGAUCCAAAACAACAACAAGACAUUUAACUUGAAUCAUUGCUACUCCGUUCUUUCUCUUGCUCCCAAGUGGAUGAACCGCUUAAAAGGUUCAACAAGAGGACAAGGAAACAGAAAUCAGAUUGUUGUGUCAAUCACUCCGUCCGGUGGGAAUGUUCAGGGGAACAAUGAGAUGUCUUCUCAACAAGGGGUUGUCCGUCAAAUAGGUUGCAAACAAAGCAAGGCCAGAUCCCAGGGAAAGAGAAAGGUCCAGGAGGCUCUUUUUGAUCUGGUGAAUGAUCAAAGAAAAGUUCAGCGUUCUGGUAGCGGAAAGGACAAAAAUUUCAGAGAGAUGCUGGACAUAAAGUAUAUCAUGAUGGAUGCAGACACUAUCAGCAAUCCAGUAAGACGCUGCUGUGUUCUCUUGAAGCAAAAGCAAGCUCUGCGCCGAGCAGAAGAAGUAGAAAGGGGUUUUGAGGAUGAGGAUGAGAGUAGUGAUGAUGAAGAAGAAGAAGAAGUUGAAGAGCUUCAAAGUGGUGAAGAAUAUAAUUUCUCUGAUGAAUAA